AGAAGCAGAAGAAACAGAGGUCCUGUAGUAAUAAGAACAGACUCACUCAGGGAAGAGAGAGGGAGAGAGAGGUAGCAGCAGUGUCGUCAGAGCCAUUAGUUUUAUCCAUGUAGAGAAAGAUUCUGCAACCAGUGGACUCUGCAAAAAUACCCUUUAAAACUAUCAGCCCAACAAAAACGAAACCUCUUUCCCUGUGUCUCUGAAAUCUCCCAAGUUUCUUCCGCCUUGUUCUUGUUCUGCAUCUUGGUCAUUGUUUUUGUUUCUAUUUCCAAAAUGAUGAAUGCAAAUGCAAGAAAUAGGUCUCCUUUCACAGCAACACAGUGGCAAGAACUUGAACUCCAAGCUCUUAUAUUCAAAUACAUGGUUGCAGGGAUCCCUAUCCCACCCGAUCUCCUCUAUAGUGUCAAAAGAAGCUUGGAGUCUUCAAUUUCCUCAAGGCUCUUCCCUCACCGCCCCAUCUCUGUGGCUGCAGUUUCCUGGGAAUGUUUUGAAAUGGGAUUUGGCAGAAAAGUAGACCCAGAGCCAGGGAGGUGCAGGAGAACAGAUGGGAAGAAAUGGAGGUGCUCGAAGGAAGCAUACCCAGAUUCCAAGUACUGUGAGAGACACAUGAACAGAGGCAGAAACCGUUCAAGAAAGCCUGUGGAAGUUACCUCAACUGCAACAACCACAACAAAUGUUUCACCAACCGUCUCAUCAAUCAACAGAAACCUUACAAUAAACACCACAACUGUUCCCACAACCUCUACUUUCUCUGUCUCUCCACUUUCUAAUUCUUCUGUGAGCUCUGAAACCCAUCCCCAUCAUCAUCCUUACCAUGAGGCCACUCUUUAUCCCUUCCUUUAUUCGCAUUCCUCCUCCGCUAGACCUCCCGUUUCUGGUCUGUUACCUCAAAAUAACAUUACCCAUCAACUAUUUUUGGACUCUAGAUCUUAUUCUCAGGCUGAUAAAGAUUACAGUUUUUUUCAUGGAGCAAAGGAGGGUGUGGAUGAGAAAGCUUUCUUCCCGGAAGCUUCAGGGACUUCCAGAAGCCUACCUGAUUCAUAUCAGAGAUCAUUAACAACGGAUUCCUAUAAAGGUUACUCCCACACACAGUUUCAAAGCCUUACUGAUAGUGCAAAGCAGCAGCAAGAGCAACAUUGCUUUGUUCUGGGUACCGACUUCAAGUCACCAGGACUAGUUAAAACUGAGAAAAAUGUAGAAGUCCAGAAGCCGCUGCACCAAUUUUUUGGAGAGUGGCCACCAAAGAACACAGAUUCAUGGCUUGAUCUAGCAUCUAAUUCUAGACUCCCUACUGAUGAUUGAAAGUCUCAAUACUGGAUAUUUUGAUUGUGGCCAAAAUAGUCCUUGUUGGUGGGUCAAUACCAGCUUCUUGCGAGUAAGGGAGCUUUAUUUCGCGAAAGGUACUGUUGGUGAAUAAGGUAGACCCGGUCGCAGAAGGAUUUGUCUUUUGCUUUCUUGAUAAAUAUUUCCUUCUCUCUCUAAAGAAACAUGUUUGGUAAGAUUAUUUGUAGACUUGCUUGUUUGAAUGGAGGCAUGCAUCUUGACUUGCUUUUGGGUUCCCUAA